AAUGUGGUCAUUACCGCGGCAGCGCUCUACGGAUUGCAGCGGGUCUGAGGCAAGCGGGGAGGCGGAAAUUGUGGUAAACAUCGGCGGCUUGAGGCAGGUGUUGAGCGAAGAUGUUCUGAGCAGGUAUCCUGACUCACGGCUGGCCGAGUUGGCGAGCCUGGCGGCGGCAAACGCAGAGGAUUUGUCAGAACUGUGCGAUGACUAUGGUGGCGGGGAGUUCUACUUUGACAGAGACCCAGACGCAUUUAAAUGCAUAAUGGAAGUUUACUACUAUGGGGAAAUCCACAUGAAGCGAGGCAUAUGUCCCGCGUGUUUUAUGGACGAAAUGGAGUUCUGGGGUGUGGAGCCGGAGUAUCUGGACGAAUGUUGCCGCUCCAACCUGCGCGACGUGGAGGAGGAGUUGGCCGAGAUUGCCGAGAAGGUUCAGUCUCUGCUGGAGGCCCGGGAGAGGGUACGUGCCGUGGGCGCCGGCUCGUGGAAGCGCUUCCAGGCGCGCCUGUGGCGCCUAAUGGAGCAGCCGGACUCCUCUGUGGCGGCGCGCGUCAUCGCCCUCACCUCCUUUCUUCUCAUCCUCAUCUCGUCGGCUGCGCUCUGCGCGGGCACCAUCCCCGAGCUCCAGACGCGCGACGCACACGGCAACCCGGCCGAGCCGCCGGCGCUCGUGACCAUCGACACCGCCUGCAUCGCUUGGUUCACGAUCGAAUACCUCCUCCGGCUGCUCGCCGCUCCCCGCAAGCUCCGCUUCCUCCUCUCCUUCCUCAACAUCAUCGACUGCCUGGCCAUCCUCCCCUACUUCCUCCUCCUCACACUCACCCAGCUGGGCUCGGCCCUCCUCGAGCUGGCCGACGUCCAGCAGGCGGUGCAGGCCGUCCGCAUCCUCCGGGUCGCGCGCGUCCUCAAACUGGCGCGCCACUCCUCGGGCCUCCAGACGCUGACGUUCGCCCUACGCAGCUCCUGUGGCGAGCUGGCCCUGCUGCUCAUGUACAUGGGAGUGGGCAUCUUCCUGUUCUCCGCGCUCGCCUACACGCUGGAGCAAAGUCACCCGGAGACCAUGUUCACCAGCAUCCCGCAGGCCUGCUGGUGGGCCAUCAUCACCAUGACGACGGUGGGCUACGGCGACGUGUACCCCAAGACCACGCUCGGCCGCUGCAACGCGGCCGUCAGCUUCCUGUGCGGCGUCAUCGCCAUAGCGCUGCCCAUCCAUCCCAUCAUAAACAACUUUGUGGUGGUCUACAGCAAGCAGCGCGUACUGGAGACGGCCGCGCAGCACGAGAUUCAGCUGAUGGAGCUACGCUCGCAGGAGGCCGAGGAGCACACACACACGCGCGCUGGGGCGCGGAGGAGGCACACACACACACACGCGCACACACACACACACACCAUGUGUACCGCAUUCAGUGACACGCAGAUACCUCUACUAGAGGAGCCCUCGCAGUCCACACUAUCACAUACUCCCUAAUGUCACAUACACUUAAUCUCUCUCACACACACUCACACACACACACACACACACAGCUGUCAUAUACACCACUCUCAGAACUCAAAAUCCUCUUCCUUUUGGCUGCCAAAAGCUAACAUCUUUCUCUCACUCUUUCACACACACACACACACACCUGCCCUCUCUCUCUCUUUCUCUCUCGCUUCCACAAAGUUGUUUACUGUUCUUCACAGUACAAAGAUAUAUAUCACAGUAUAAACAUUCUGCAAUACAGGGUUCUAACAACCCUCAAAGACCUUA